AUGGCCUCAUCGCAAGUCGAUAUGAGUUCGGAAGAGCACAUGCAGACUGUGCUCGAAAGGCAAUUGAAUGGUCUCCGCAGUGACGAUAGAGGAAGGUUGAAAAUAGUUACCUAUGCAACGAAGCUCGACAGGACUAUCCUUUGCUUCAGUUCAGUUUGCGCGAUUAUUGCAGGUGCCUUAAACCCGCUAGUUCCCGUUAUAUAUGGCCUCCUCGUGGGCGUUUUCAACGGUUUUGCGACGGGAUCAGUAGAUGCUGCCGAGCUGCGGUCGAAAAUCUCGACGUUCAGUCUAUACUAUGUGUAUCUUAGCAUCGGCCUUUUCGUCUUUACGUACCUGGCCACGGUCGGAUUCUAUUACAGCGGGGAGCGAAUCACGAGGGCCUUUCGAAUCGCAUACCUUUCUGCUAUCAUACGCCAGAAUAUGGCUUUUUUUGAUGUUCUGCGUCUUGGUGAGAUCUCAAACCGCAUCAUGUCCGACAUGGGCAUCCUCCAGGAAGCUAUAACAAGUAAAGCUUCGACCAUGCUGAGCGCAAUAGCCACAUUUUGCGCGGCUUUCAUUAUUGCCUUUGUCAUGUACUGGAAAACUGCUCUGAUUUUAACUCCAUUUUUCAUCGCAAUGCUCCUGAUGUUUUCCGUCGGUGGUGCAUAUACUGUCAGGCAUCAAAAGCAAUCCCGGGAAAAGUACAGUUACGCAGCUGGUAUCCCCGAAGAAGCCUUCGGUGCUAUCAGACAGGUAGCGGCCUUUGGGAUGCAGAAUUUCGUGCGACAACGCUAUUCUCUAAGCUUAGGUCAAGCCGCACGAGCAGAAAGAAAAGCUCAGAACAUGGUAGCGGGUCUCGUGGCAUCAAUGAACGCCAUGCCAUGCCUUAUCUAUGCGCUCUCAUUCUGGGCAGGUUCAAUCUUCCUGGUUAAAGGCGAGAUGUCUGUGACUGAUAUCACAACAACUACACUGGCUGUAACAAUCGGCGUGUUCGCCAUCAUUAGAAUCGCACCAUCCUUGCAAGCGCUGACUUCUGGGGUCGCUAUUACUGGGUCACUACUGGAGACUAUUGCUAGAAGGUCUCCACAAGAUCCUUUGGUCGCAGACGGUGACAAGUUAACUAAUGUUGUGGGUGACAUCCUGUUCGAUCAGGUGGAUCUUGUCUAUCCAUCGAGAAGUCAGGCCAAAGUGUUGGACCGCGUCACUUUGAAAUUCGCCGCGGACAAGAAGACGGCCAUAGUUGGACCUUCUGGGGGAGGUAAAAGUAGCAUUAUUGGUCUCAUCGAAAGGUUCUAUGAGCCAACACAUGGGGCAAUUACUAUCGACGGGCAAGAUAUCCAAGCCUUCAACCUGCGCUGGCUCCGGCAGCAGAUAGGCCUAGUUGAUCAGGAUCCGAUCCUCCUCGACGUUUCCAUACUUGACAAUAUAUAUUACAGUUGCUCCAAUGUGAAUGAUGCAGCCUCGGAAAGCGCGCGGCUUGAGAAAGUCGUCGACGCUGCGAAGAAAGCGUAUGCGCAUGACUUUAUCAUGGCAUUACCUGAAGGCUACCAGACCCGAGUAGGCGAAAAGGGGCUCCAGCUCUCAGGGGGGCAACGACAGAGGAUUGCCAUUGCCCGUGCUCUUGUUCGAGACCCAAAAAUUCUUCUUCUGGAUGAAGCAACCUCCGCCUUGGACACAUCGUCUGAGAAAGCUGUACAAGCAGCUAUUGACGCCGCAGCAGAGCAACGUACAACCGUUGUUAUUGCUCACAGAUUAUCCACCAUUAAGAAUGCUGACUCAAUUGUUGUACUCGCUCAGGGCAAAGUUGUAGACCAAGGGACUCACGUCGAGCUGAUGGCCCGAAAUGGGUUAUAUGCUGACUUGAUCGAGAAGCAACAGAUCAAAGAAAAUGGACAAGAUGCAUCAAGUUCAUUACACACGUGUGAUGAGGGUAUUAUCAUGCUGAAUGAUAGUCUGGAUCAUGGUUCCAAUUCGGAUGAUGAAAAGAAUGGCGCAUCUGUUACUGCCCGUGUUGUGGAGGCGCCCAAUGACACUUCUUACAACCCAAGCGCUAGAGGGGCAUUAUCAUUCAUUUUCUUUAUGAGUAGACCCGACUGGAAACUUCUGCUAAUUGGUCUUGCGUGUGCAAUACUUGCAGGGUUGGAAAUCCCAGUCCAAUCCAUAUUCUUUGCAAAGCUACUAACAAUCACUGGGCUACCUCAAGCGCAGUACAGUCAGCUGAGACAUGGCGUUAAUCUGUGGACCGGUCUCUAUGUCGCCCUUGCGGGGGCGGGAUUCAUACUCUGGCUGGGGCUCGGAAUUACUCUGUCGUACGCAACGCAAAAGCUGUCCCAGCGGGUUCGCGAGAUCUGUUGCCAUCGUAUAACAGUACAGAACAUGGCCUUCUUCGAUCAAUCCAAAAACUCACCAAGUGCGCUUUCGAGCGUGCUCUCAAAAAGUACCGACGAUCUUGCUGGUAUGGGGGGCCCGGUCCUGGGAGGCAUAUUGACCUUCAUUUCCACCAUUGUCGGUGGUAUAGUAGUCUCAUUGGCCAUCGGCUGGAAGCUGGCUCUUGUUUGUACAGCAACGAUACCUGUUGUUGUUGCUUGCGGUUGGUUGCGCCUCCAGGUGCUUGCAGCAUUCGAUGCUCGAAUUAGGCAAAGUGGAGUGGACUCGGCCGCAUACGCAGGACAAAUAGUGCGCUCUAUGCGAACUGUCGCUUCAUUAGGUCUUGAGGAGCAGGCUCUUAUGCUUUAUGACGGAUUUCUAGCAAAGAGAGCAGCGAAGUCUCUCCAGUCCAUACUGAUUGCCUCAGGACUCUAUGCUGCGUCGCAAUCCGUUGUGUAUCUAUGCGCGGCCCUUGCCUUCUGGUACGGUGGAACACUGAUUGCCAACCGCGAAUACUCUGAUUUUCAGGUCUAUGUAUGUUUUGUCUGUCUCAUAUCGGGCUCUCAGAUUGCCGGUUCAAUAUUUACCUUUGCACCCGAUGCCGGUAAGGCGAUGCAUGCGGCCCAGGACCUUCAGUAUAUAGUGGAACUCAAUGACCCCGGGAAUGAAGUGCAGUGGCGGCCUGCGGAGUCUGGUAUAUUGGAACACAAGAGAACCGAACACGAGCUUCUUCACGGCCUUGAACCUUGUCAAGUGGCCUUUAAGAACGUGUCUUUUUCGUAUCCCUCCAGGCCAGACAAAUGUGCUUUGGACAACUUCACGAUUACUGUUGAGCCCGGGCAGACGCUAGCUUUGGUAGGCCAAAGUGGGAGUGGGAAAAGCACAUGCCUCUCUCUUCUCGCACGAUUCUACCCAUUCCAUCAGGGGCAGAUCCUCGUUGAUGGACAUGAUAUACGUAGCCUGGAUUUAAAAACUUAUCGAUCGACAAUUUCACUAAUCAGCCAGGAACCCGUUGUUUUCUCUGGUACCAUGAGAGAAAAUAUUGCGGUGGGUUUAGUAGGACAAGUCAGCGACGAUGACAUUCUGGCCGCGUGCAGACAAGCUAAUAUUCUUGACUUUGUUCACUCCCUCCCUGAUGGGCUAUCAUCGAUAGUGGGUACCGGCGGCAGCAUGCUCAGCGGCGGGCAGAAACAACGCAUCACUAUCGCCCGUGCAUUCCUGCGCAAGUCUAAGCUUUUACUACUAGAUGAAGCCACGUCGGCACUAGAUAGUGAGUCGGAGGCUAUCGUACAAGCGGCCAUUGAUGCAGUCAAGAAGAACCGUACUACCAUUAUGGUCGCCCACCGUUUGAGCACAGUCAUGAACGCCGACAUAAUUUGCGUGAUGCGCGAAGGAUCUAUAGUCGAGAUUGGCAACUCCAAACAGCUUAUGGCAAGACGAGGGCUGUUUUGGGAGAUGGUAGGCAUGCAGAGCCUGGACUGACAGUGUAAUUCCAAACGACAACACCCAUAGCGGAGCAGAUGAUAGAGGGUCAACAAGCCAAAGUAUAUAAUUCGGACAAAAACAUUGGGGCGUGCGAAGAGAAUCUAGGGUUGGCCUUGACUCUAUGUAGAACUCAAAUGGAUGCACCUCGCAAGACCACGCCAUAUCUCUCGUAUAAGGCCCGUAUCGGCGCUUAUGCAAUAUUCGGUACUUCGAUUCGGCACCCGAUGGAGACCGAAUUCAUUGUUGUGCGCCGAGAG